GAAUCGCCGUCUUGAUGAGAACCAAGCGAUGAUGAAAAAUACGAAGAUCCUAGGCAGCACUUGUUUUUGUUCUUUGUUUGGAAAUUUAUCUGUCGAGAUCCCCUUCAUCUGUAGAUGACGAGAUGGAAGGACUGGAACUGGUGUUCUGCGGCACUGAUUGAGGUGAAAAGGUCUUUCGUUCAGAGUGAAUCAUGUUCUGUCGAGAGGCUGGCUCCUGAGGCAACAUCAUACAAUCGCCCGUCUCGAGGGCGGUCACAAUAGCGUUGUAAGUCCACCCUUGAAAUUUACCCUGAUGAAGAUAGUUCUCUUACAAAGUUGAUUUUUCUUAUAUUCUCUUUCCUGAUUUGUCAUAUCAGCAUGGAUGCAGGAGUUGUCCGUCUUAAUCAAGAAAAAUCAAAACUUAGUCCCAUUUCAUCAAGGUAAAAAUGUUAUAAUGUUAGUACUUUUAGAGAAAUUUCGGAAAUUAUGGCGCAUAAAUCACUGAAUAAUCACUAAUGAUUCGGGCUUUGUCCUGCUAGUUCCUCUAUUCCUUAGCAGAUUUCUCUCGAUGUGGAUCUCGGGCUACUCUUCCUUGGUCGUGUAGCAUUUUUAUCACUUGCCCGUUAAGAAAUGUUGGCCAUCUAGUAGAAGGAAACUUUCAAGUUCAACAAUAUAAUUGGUAUUAUGAAUGCAACUUCAAGUGGAAGAAGUAUCUGCUAGAUAAGUAUACUAUAAAAAUGAAGAAUUCUUAUUAACGAGUUGAUUAGACACGCAUGAUCAAAAUGACAGACGUCUGGUACCACGUUGACAAGUGCUUCAAUCCCCCGGCCCAGUGCCACAUUGAUCAAGGCGAGCUACGUUUGGUGAGGCCGAGUGCGCUUAGUCCAAAUUAUACGUCUGGUCUCCCUUCGUCUUUGACGGGUGCACACCAAAACUACAAUGUUCACGCGGACCCCACAACAAGAAAAUUCCUUGAUGACAAUAUGUUGAAGGGGGCGACGUCAAGUCAAGCGGCGUGGACUGCCGAAGCGGUUCCGUCGUGGCAUAAUCCAGCGAUUUUCACCUGUGCAAGCGGUGAGGAUGGAGUGCUUUUUUCGGGGCGCGGCUGGGGUAACGUUUAUCCUCGAGGAAAUACAUUCAUCCCGGCACAAACCAGUUCCUUACGUAGCUUGCCUCGUGUCGACCAAUUUUUCGAAGCUGCAGCGCAGCAAAGUGGAGGAGGCUCUAGUACAAGUGCACGAAGCCGAGGAGUUGACUCAACUAGUACCAAUAGAAGGCAAGGUGCCGAUGAUGAGCAGGGUGGCAGCCACAACACAUGUUAUUUGGUAGAUAAUGACUCAGAAUCGUGUGCGCCAGCGGCAGAUGUUGAAGGGAACGGCGACCGCUUUCGGCCAUUUUUUUCAAGCUGUGGAAGAGACCGCAUCAGACUGUUGCACCGAACUGUACCCGAUUUGUGGCCCGAGCGUCGCGUCUUCUUUUCCCCAGAGCGCUUCUUUCGAGACGUUGGCGACGCAGAGUCACGCCCUGCACGUCCGGUUUUGCACAUGCUCAUGGAGUGAACAAAAAGAUAUAGAACCUCAUGCAUUCUUGUAUUGCCCAUAUUGAGUGAAGAGAGUGUUUGUGUGGCCCCGAAUACUUACUUCAAUCAGAUACAGAAACAGAUUCUUGAAGGACAGGAUUUUGAUUUUCCCAGCCGCCACACCGCGUGCCUCCUUAUCAAGUUGGUUGGUGAGACACUACAGUCAUCUGGUUCUGGAUCCUCGCAUUCAUCACAUCACAGAGAAAAAGUGAUUCCUUUCCCAUGAUCUAGAGGCAGUCACAAACUUCCUCCCUCCAUGAUCUCCAUUUCAAGUGCUCAUGUGAUUGCAGUUUCUCGGCGUCAACUCGCGUAAUAUAAUGCAUGAGAAAGAUGAUAGAUAAAGAUAAGGAAAAGCUCUCUUGCCGUUCAC